CUCCUUUCCUCGAUCCAUUAUCCAUCUUGCUCGUCUAUUCAUUCCUCAGUCCUCCCGAGUCAUCGUUACCCUGCCGCCGCCGCGACCCCGCCGGCCGACGAGAUGAGAGUCGCCGCUGCGGCCUCCUUCCAUCUGGCUCCCGCCACGAACCGGCCCCAUCGCCGCGCCUCCGCCACCACCUCCUGCUCCCUGAAACCCGCCCCGACUGCUCGGCCAUCUCGCCCCCUCACGCUCGUCCGCCGCGCGCCUGUCGCCCGCGCCUCUCUCGGGAUAUCUCAUGAUAAAGGGUCGGAGGUCUCUGGUGCUGAUGUUGUUGGCCAGAAUGAUCUACUGAUUGUGGGCCCAGGUGUGCUUGGACGAAUUGUAGCUGAGAAGUGGCAAAAGGAACAUCCAGGCUGCAAAGUUUAUGGCCAGACUGCAAGCACAAAUCAUCAUAGUGAGUUAAUGGAUCUUGGCAUCAUCCCCUCACUGAAGGGCUCCACUAUUUCUCAGAAGGUUCCACAUGUUAUUUUCUGUGCUCCUCCAUCUGGUUCUGAUGAUUACCCUGGGGAUGUCAGAGUGGCAGCGUCAAAUUGGAGUGGUGAAGGAUCUUUCCUGUUUACAUCAAGUACUGCUCUGUAUGACUGCAGUGACAACAUGAUGUGCAAUGAGGAUUGUCCAUCAGUGCCAAUUGGCAGGAGCCCUCGUACAGAUGUACUUCUAAAAGUGGAAAAUGUUGUUCUUGAGGCAGGAGGCUGUGUUCUCAGGCUAGCUGGACUUUAUAAGAUAGACAGAGGUGCUCAUGUUUUUUGGUUGAGGAAAGGAACUUUGGACACACGACCAGAUCAUAUUAUCAACCAGAUUCAUUAUGAGGAUGCUGCUUCCCUUGCAAUUGCAAUCAUGAAAAAGCAACUGCGGAGCCGAAUAUUUUUGGGCUGCGACAAUAAGCCUCUUUCCAGGCAAGAAAUAAUGGAUGCUGUUAACAGAAGUGGAAAAUUUGACACGAAGUUUGAAGGCUUCACUGGCACUGACGGUCCAUUGGGGAAGAGGAUGGAGAACUCAAAAACUCGGGCUGAGAUCGGGUGGGAGCCUACGUAUCCAAGCUUCACUGAAUUCCUUGGUCUCAGCAGUUAGCAUCUUGGCAUAGUUUUCAGUUCUUCUGACUCGAAUGAGUAGCAACAGCGAGGAGGUCGUACCGACGUUUGGACUUUGAUAUAGUCUGAACUGGUGAGGGUGUACAUCCGUGUCUGCUCCGUGCUUGUCAUCAGUAGGGCAUUUUCAUUCUAGGACUAUUUGAGUUCUCCACAAGAUUAUUCGUCAUAUAACUGCACAGUAGUUUUCAACGUCUGGUUCUGGAUUACUUUGGUCUACUGCAAGUUUCUUUCGAAAGUCAAGCUGCGCAUUGUAGACUGGUUCCGCAACUGCCUGUCUUGCGCCACAGAACAAAUGAGAAAUCAACCAGACGUAGAACAAGUACA